AUGUCCGACUUAGAUCGAGAGUGGAAGCCCAAGUGCCGGCCUCAGUCGACCAUGGCCCAGGCAUUCUCCAGCGCGUUGGAUAGCGCCUUUUCGCUCGACAGCGACAUAACCCACCUUUCCCAGACAGUGGACCAAAAGAAGCAGCAGAUGUUAAUUCAAAGCCGAGAGCUUGAGGUUCUUCAGCAGCGCAUCCGUGAGGCUGAGGAGCGACUUAAGCGCCAAUCUACCGCCGGUCUACCACAGGUGUCCCGGGGAGGGCAGGAACAGACAGCCGGUAAGGAUGAGUCGUCUUGA